UAAUCUCUUUAACAAUUGACAUAUAUUGAUUAUCACCUAUUAAUUGACCAUUAAAUAGAGUUCGCACAAAUUUUAUAGUUACUAAAUUUGGGGCUUUUCAAAGGGCCGUUUCCACCCUAAAUGAGCUGAAAGACGAUGUGUGGGGUGGGGUGUGGAUUCAUGUAUAAUUAGUUCAAUGAACAUCUUAGGUGGCUCGAUAUAAUCUGUUAGCACGUAGAAGUAGUUAUGUCAAAUAGAUCGAAAACAAAUUUGAAUUGCUUACUGUACCCUUCAUUUGCAAGAGUUGAUGUUGCUAGAUCAUGUUCAUGGUUGUCAUGAAGGACGACUAGUCGAUUAAGUGAGCAUUUUGAUUUUCACUUGAUUGCUGACUUCUUAUUGUUUCCACUUUCCUGCAUAUGUUAUGUUGAUUGUUUCUGGUUAGGUGUUUCUUGCAUUCUGCAGUUUUAAUUUUUGCAUCCUGCAAUUUUAAUUUCUGCAUCCUGCAAUUUUAAUUUCUGCACUUCUUUCAGCUUUGUUGUUAUUUGUUAACUCUUUAAGUUUUUUCAUCAUUCUCUCCAAGUGUUCGGUCCUUAUUUCCUUGGUAUCUAAGACAAAAUAUUGUGUGAAGGUGUUAGAACUUAGAAACCUAAAUUACAUCUAUGACUAGUCGACUUGCCGGAGGUCCAUCGACUGGCUUUGACUUACCAACAUGACAACCAUGAUCAUGAUUGUAAGUCAAUUAUUAGCCUUUUGUAGACAUGAUUAGUUGAGGAGUCCACAAAGAGAGGAAACUUUGUCACAUUAUUACAAUUGCUUGCGGAUGGGUCAUAAUGAAGAAACUAAGGAAGUCGUAGUGGAUAGAGCACACGAAAAUAACCAACUAACAUAUCCAAAAACUAAAAAAGAUAUUUUGAGGGCAAUGCCUCUUGAGAGAACAAAUAUUAUUCCCUAUGAACUUAGAAAUAAUUUUAAUAUAUAUUAUUUGACAAGUACAUGUAACAUAUCAAUUAAAGAGAACAUUGUGGUUCCUCUGCGUUAUGUAGACAAGUGCGGGUAUACUGUUGAAUGUUGUUUUGGGGGCGUAUAUCACACACCUUCCCUUUCACUGAAAAUUGGUGUCGGGGAAGGGUAGCUGAACUUGAACAUAGCCAAUAUACGAGGUCAAGAAUAUGAUUUGGCUAGUAAUAUUCAAGGAAAUUUUGAUUUUAAAAGAAAACCCUUGUGCAUUCUAUGUUAAAUAGUUUUGCCCAUCAAUUGUAAUUUGUGCUUAUGUUUGCUAUUAAGAAACAUACUAAAAUAUAAAUGUUUUUCAAUCUCUACACAAAUAACUCCAUUGCAAAUGUAGUUGCCGGCAAACAUUAAGACUUGCUCCGUGACAUGACAACAAAAUAAAGUUGUUGAAGGGCUUUGUAGUGUUGAGAUUGUUACUAGAAAGGGAUUAUAUUAAAAAUCAACUUUAGAAAGAGUGGAUGAUGCACGCUGGGGUUCUCGCUGUUCAAGUUUGUUGAGCCUAAGGUUUUUAAUCCAGUUUUAUGUGUACUUAACAUAUUAUAAAACAUACGGAUGAUCAUGGUCUUUGAGAUAAUGUCGGAUUAAUGUUGUUAACAAAAAUAUCUUUGUUUUUUGAACUUUUCUUGCACUCGAUGAAAACUAUUUUGGAUAUAAGGAACGCAUUGUCACGUGCUGAUGAAUCUUGGUAAUGUCACUAAGAUUUUGCUGAAUACAACAAGAAAAGAUAGAUAAGAGUAUUUUAUAACAAAUGUUAAAUUGUUUUGUGAAAACACAUGAUAUUGUUGUUGACAUGAAUGCAGGUUUUAUGGAUACCAGAAGAUCCUCACAAAAGUUCAAGGAUAAAGUGAUGGCAUCAAAUACUAAAUUCUCUGUCCAUGGAACUGAGAUGGCAGGCAUUAUUAAUCUACCGAAUACACAUCAAAUGGAAGAACCUACUGAGGAUACAUUAAAUGGUUUUAUAAAUCCAAGUGGCAGCAAUAGUUCAAAUACUGGUCGUGAUGUAGUUAUGGCCCUGCCCUGCAACCAAUCUUUCUUGAGUCGAGGAAAGAAAGCUAGUGAUCGGCAAGUAGAAGGCACUAAGAGGAAUUCGAAAGGAAAGAGGAAAGAAAUAUUUGAUGAAAAUGCAAUUGUGGACAGCACAGGUGCUAUUGUUCCAGUUCGACAAGAGAGUGUACCAUUCGAGAAGAACGAACUUCUCUGGAAAGAGGCUGAAGCACUGGAAGCAUUUACUUUAACACCUCAUAAGCCGCAUUUUCGCCCUUUAGAAUCAUGCAGAGAGGUUGAACGUGAGGGAAAAGCUGUUGGUCUGAUGGUAAUUUACGACAACAUUACCAAAAAAACUUUAAACUUGCGGUGUGAAACAGCGAGAGAGGAUAUUGAAGAUUACCUUUCACAUCUCAAGGAAUUGGAGCCUUAUGGCUUUGAUGUCUCGAAACAGAGAAAUGCUUUGAAUAGGUUUCUCUUUUUGAAGGAGCAGCUAGAGGAUAUUGAUAAUCUAUCAAAAGAAAACAAGAGGCAGAUCACUGAAUUUGAUCGCGAAUUAUGCAUAUUGAAGGAGAAACGUAUCCAGAUGCAAGACGAGAUACAGAAGUUAAUGGAAGAAGCUAGAUUGGCUGAUUUGGGAGUGAAGAAAAGCGAACAUGACAUUGCAUCAGACCAAUUGGCAAUAAGAAAUCACAAUGAAGAACUCACCAGAAUUCGAAUGGAGCUCAGAGAACUUCUUGCUUCCCCUUUGUUCUAGACAAUAGCCUUAUCUUUUCCUAUUCCAUACAUACUAGACAUGUUCCCAGUGUAUUUGAUUAAAUUGAGUUGCGUUCUGAUUAAACUUUGUUGAAAUGCU